ACUUUUACACGCAUGGUGCAUCCGUGGGACUGACAUAGUACUAGAAACCUCUACGUGCUCGGUCUGCCCUUUGAUCUCACCAAGCCCGAAUUUUCCGCCUUGUUUUCGCGUUUUGGUACUGUCAUGCACGCUGUGAUUCUCGCCACUGUCGAUAACGCAUCUCGCCGUCGCGGGUUCGUGGUAAUAUCAUCUCAUGAGGAAGCCAAACGUGCAAUGAAUGCGCUCUCGCGAACGCAAAUAAAAGGACACACCCUUGAUGUAUCUUGGGCCGUCGUACAACGCUCUCAAGAUGACGCAGACAGGACGAUGAUGCUGGCAUCCUCAAACCCUUCCGAGUCACUUCCGGAAAUGGAGUUCGAUCACCAACCCGCACCUCCAACCAUCAGUUCACCCCAAUACGCCUUCCUCGAAGUUGCUGGUAUCGAACUUGCCGAUUCUUCUCUUUGCUCAGGCCAGUGACUUGCAUCCUCUGUUCUAUCCUUUCGGUCCCAUCAAGGAGGUGAAGCUCAUGGAUUCUGCUAUGCUCGGCAAUGGAACCACAACCGCUCUAGUCGAAUACGUGAAUGUCUUCGAUGCUCAGGAAGCCAAAGACGCACUUCAACGACAGUUCUAUGGGACCUCACGCCCGGAAGUCCGAUUCAUCCAAGACAAUAUAUAUCCGGUUAAUUC